AUGCGGGUUGUAAGCCGCACCUUUAUACAACUGAAGCCGGCCAGUGAUGUCAUCAGCAAUCACCGGCCAGUGGGGAUAAAAUGGACCACUGGGGAAGAUGGCGAGGGAAGGAGAGCGGAGCCGGAGGAGACGCUGACGCCGGACACCAUCCAGAAUACUCCCAGGGAGGGAGAGCCGGCAGGGGUUCUCUGCACUAGCAGAGGACAGCAUGGCGAGGAGGCAGAAGAGCCAGAAGAGGCUCGCUGUGUUGGCAAAGGCAGGAACGCCAGAGGGAUGGGAGAGCCAGAAGAGGCUCUCUACGCCCUUGAAGGUGGGAGCAUCGGGGGAACCUGGGAGGCAGAGGAGGCUCUCCCUCUGGGGCAGACCAGACAGGAGCAAAGUAGAUCAAAAAACUUCCCAGGAGCUGAAGGGAAGAGCAGGAGCCAGGCAGCCCUCCGCACCACAGCCACCCUCUCCCCCCGCAGUGACUUCUUUGAACGCACCAUUCUGUGUAACAGCCUUGUGUGGAGUUGUGCUGUCACGGGUAAACCGGGACUCACAUAUCAGGAAGCACUAGAAUCGGAAAAGAAAGCAAGGCAUAAUCUCCAGAGUUUUCCAGAGGCACUUAUAGUUCCAGUUUUAUACUUGGCCACCCUUACCCAUCGCUCACGACUUCAUGAAAUCUGUGAUGAAAUCUUUUCUUAUGUCAAGGAUCGAUAUUUUGUUGGUGAAACGGUGGAAGUAAUUAGGAAUAAUGGUGCAAGAUUGCAGUGCAAGAUUUUGGAAGUUAUACCUCCAACACAUCACAAUGGAAUGGCUAAUGGCCACAUCAACAGCACUGAUGGAGAUACUAUCGUCAUCAGCGAUAGUGAUGAUUCAGAAACACACAGCACAUCUGUGCAAAAUGGGAAGAAAAAAGCCAUAAUUGAUCCCUCCUUAUUCAAGUACAAAGUCCAGCCUAUUAAAAAAGAGCUAUAUGAAUCUGUAAUUGUAAAAGCAUCUCAGUUAAGCCGGAGAAAACAUUUAUUUUCUCGUGAUAGACUUAAACUUUUUUUGAAGCAACACUGUGAACAGCAUGAUGGAGUCAUUAAAACUAAGGCGACAUCAGUUGCAAAAUACAAGAUAGCAGAACAAACUUUCUCCUACUUUUUUCCUGAUGACCCACCCACGUUUAUCUUCAGUCCUGCAACCAGGCGACGAGGGAGGCCUCCAAAGAGGCCAUCUAUAAGUCAUGAAGACAGAGUGGCUGAUAAACCAAAUACUCAAGGAAAUAGAAACAAAUUAGCAAAGGAAAGGGCCCGGCUUCAGAAACAAAAAGAAGAAAUGCAGGCCAUGGCUUUUGAAAAAGCUAAAUUAAAGAGAGAGAAGGCAAAUGCCAUAGAAGCAAAGAAGAGAGAGAGAGAAGAUAAAGAGAAAAAGAGAGAGGAGCUAAAAAAGAUUGUGGAAGAAGAAAGGAUGAAGAAAAAAGAGGAGAAAGAGAGACUCAAGAUUGAAAAAGAAAAAGAAAGAGAGAAAUUACGUGAAGAAAAACGAAAAUAUGUGGAAUACCUAAAGCUGUGGAGUAAGCCUAGAGAAGACAUGGAAUGUGAUGAUCUUAAGGAACUUCCAGUUCCAACUCCUGUGAAGACGAGAUUGCCUCAAGAGAUCUUCGGUGAUGCUCUGAUGGUCUUAGAAUUUCUUCAUGCGUUUGGAGAACUCUUUGAUCUUCAAGAUGAGUUUCCUGAAGGAGUCACCCUAGAACUUUUAGAGGAAGCUCUUGUAGGAAAUGACAGUGAAGGCCCACUAUGUGAAUUGCUGUUUUUUUUCCUGACUGCCAUAUUUCAGGCAAUGGCUGAAGAGGAGGAGGAAGUGGCCAAAGAUCAAAUAGCUGAUGCUGAGACCAAAGAUUUAACAGAGGCUUUGGAUGAAGAUGCAGACCCUACAAAAUCUGCACUGUCUGCAGUUGCAACUUUGGCAGCUGCAUGGCCCCAGUUGCAUCAGGGCUGCAAUUUGAAAAACUUGGAUCUCGAUAGCUGCACUNNUUCCGAGAUUCUCAGGCUCCACAUCCUAGCAUCAGGUGCUGAUGUUACAUCGGCCAAUGCAAAAUAUCGUUACCAAAAACGCGGAGGGUUCGAUGCUACAGAUGAUGCUUGCAUGGAGCUGAGGUUGAAUAAUCCUGGUCUGUUAAAGAAACUCUCAAGUACUUCUGUGUAUGACCUGUCACCAGGUGAAAAGAUAAAGAUUCUUCAUGCCCUUUGUGGAAAACUUUUGACACUUGUCUCCACUCGAGAUUUCAUUGAGGACUCUGUUGAUAUAUUACGGCAGGCAAAACAGGAGUUCAGAGAGUUAAAGGCAGAACAACAUCGCAAAGAGAGAGAAGCAGCAGCAGCAAGGAUACGCAAGAGGAAGGAAGAAAGAUUAAAAGAACAAGAGCAAAAGAUGAAAGAAAAACAGGAAAAGUUGAAGGAAGAAGAGCAAAAAAAUCCUGCUGUGGAAGCAUCUAUUGGGGAGGAGGAACGGGAAGACCUUGAUACUAGCACAGAAAGCAAAGAAGUUGAACGGAAGGAGCAAGACAUGGACACAGUGACAGAGGAUGAGGAAGAACCAGGGCCAAAUAAAAAAGGCAGAAGAGGAAAGAGAAGCCAAAAUGGAUAUAAAGAACUUGCAAGGCAAGAAGAAACUAUAUCUGAAAAGAGUGAACCUCUUACUCCUGAAGAGGAAGAAGCUUUAAAACAGGAGCAGCAAAAGAGAGAGAGAGAACUUCUAGAAAAGAUUCAAAAUGCCACCGCCUGCACCAACAUCACUGCCUUGGGUCGUGAUCGCAUGUACCGACGAUACUGGAUUUUUCCUUCCGUUUCUGGAUUGUUUAUAGAAGAGGACUAUUCUGGUCUUACAGAAGACAUGUUAUUGCCUCGAACAUCUUCCUUUCAGUCUUGCACAAAUGAACCUCAGGUAUCCCCUAAAACUGGAGGGUCAUUGAAGUCCUCUGAAUCUACCUCCGCUAUUGACCAAGAUUCAUAUGCCAGUGUUGCUGUUGAGGUGCCAAGGCCAGUAUGUAAGCCAAACCGCUGGUGCUUUUACAGUUCUCGGGAACAACUGGACCAACUCCUAGAGGCUCUCAAUUCCCGAGGACAUAGGGAGAGUGCCUUAAAAGAAACUCUUUUACAAGAGAAAAAUAGAUUAUAUGAACAGCUAAACGAAUUUCCUGUGGAAAAAUUACAUAUUCCAGACAAACCUCAAAGUGACAGCAGACCACUUUCAGGGCGGGGAAGAAUACAGAAUACACAUGAUGCACUUCAGAUGUCGGCAGAAAAGCAACUUGAACUACGACUUAGAGACUUUCUUUUGGACGUUGAAGACCGAAUCUAUCAAGGAACAUUGGGAGCUAUUAAGGUUACAGACAGGCAAUCUUGGAGAGCAGCCCUAGAAAAUGGGAGGUACGAGCUGCUAAAUGAAGAACACAAGGAAAAUGGUAUAAUUAAAACUGUGAAUGAAGAUGUUGAAGAAAUGGAAACUGAUGAUCAAGACAAGUUUAUUCUAAAAGACAGAUUUACAGGAUUAAAAGCUGAAGCUCAAAGCACUGCAUCAACAAAUACAAGCACUCCCCAGCCAGUUAAUAAUGUGGUCCAUUGCUUAGCAUCUGCACUGCUUCAAAUAGAGCAAGGCAUUGAGCGCAGGUUUCUCAAAGCACCACUCGAUGCCAGUGAUGGUGGGCGUUCAUAUAAAACAGUACUGGAUCGCUGGAGGGAAUCUCUUCUUUCUUCUGCCAGCCUGUCCCAAGUGUUCCUGCAUCUCUCUACACUGGAUCGGAGCAUCAUCUGGUCUAAAUCCAUCCUAAAUGCUCGCUGUAAGAUGUGCCGAAAGAAGGGUGAUGCAGAAAGCAUGGUGCUGUGUGAUGGCUGUGACCGAGGUUAUCAUACCUACUGUAUCAGACCCAAGCUCAAGGCCAUUCCUGAAGCAGACUGGUUUUGUCCAGAAUGCCGACCAAAACAGCGCUCUAGACGCCUCUCCUCAAGACAGAGACCGUCUGUGGAAAGUGAUGAAGAUGCUGCAGAACAGUUUGACAAAGAGGAAGAAGAAGCAAGCUAUGAGGAAGUGGGACAGAGUGAAGACGAGGAUUAUGAGGAAGAGCAAGAAGAUGAUGAUGAUGAAUCUCAAGAAGAAGAAGAAAUAAGCCUGUCUAAACAAAGAAGGCCACAAGUCAAGUUUCCAUUAAAAAUGAGGGCAGCCAAACUCAACAACCCCUUCUCAAGUCGGUGUAGCCAGCGCCAGGCUACUGGAAGAUAUGCUUCACGGAGUCAGCAAAAUACUCCUAAACAAACUGCGUCUUCCUCCAGAGCUAGAAGAAGGGGGCUAAGAAAAGUGAAGUCUGCUCCUCCAUCAGUCAUGAAGCCUUCAUUAAGACUUAACAGCCGCACUACUCGUCAGAGUCAAGGAGCUUUACAAGCAGAUGUAUUUGUGGAAUUACUUGGUCCUCGAAGACGACGUAGAGGACGGAAGACGGCUGAUAAUACACCAGAAAACAGUCCUUCCAGUUCCUUUGGGUUUAGAGUUGUUGAAAGCACAGACUCAAAUGCACGGGUCCAGAAAUCUCUGGUUUCUGCACCAAAACUCUCUCUUCAGGAUAGCGAACCUAAGAGAAGAGGCCGGAAACGGCAAUCUACAGAUUCUUCUCCUCAGACUGCUUUAAACAGGAGGAGUUCAGGGCGUCAGAGUGGAGUCCAUGAAUUGUCAGCUUUUGAACAACUUGUCGUGGAGCUAGUACGACAUGACGACAGCUGGCCUUUCAUGAAACUGGUUUCCAAAAUCCAGGUACCAGACUACUAUGAUAUCAUCAAAAAACCUAUUGCCUUAAAUAUAAUCCGUGAAAAAGUAAAUAAAUGUGAAUACAAGUUAGCAUCGGAAUUUAUUGAAGAUAUUGAGCUCAUGUUUGCAAACUGCUUUGAGUACAACCCUCGCAACACAAGUGAAGCAAAAGCUGGAACUAGACUUCAAGCUUUCUUCCAUGUUCAGGCUCAAAAGCUUGGACUCCCUGUGACAUCUGGUAAUGCAGACCAUGCUGCUCCAGCUGCAAAGAAGUCACGAAUCUAACCUCUGCCUUCCAAAGGAUGUUUUGAGGGAAACUUAUAUGCAUAAAAAUGAAACAUUUAAAUCAUGCAGUCAUCCUAUCUGUAUAAAGCAAUAACAACUGUUUAACCACCUUGAAGUGGGGCCUGCACUAUAUUCUCAAUUUAAUAUUAAGCACUCAGGAGAAUGUAGGAAAGAUUACCUUUGCUACAGUUUUAUUCAGUGUCUAAUAAUUUUGAUAGAUGUACUGGAUACAGUACUGGUUUACAGAGGUUUUGUACAUUUUUAAUACAUUCAUGUGUCCAAAUAUAUCUUCCAGAAACUUUUUUUUUUCCUGCAUUGGAUGACCUCGUUUCAUCCUGUAGAUUUUCUAGAAGCUGUGGUAUUGUGAAGGCUUUAUCAACUCAGAUAAAAUCUUCUACUGUAACACAGUUGAAGAAACUGUGUAUAUGUUUAAAACUUGUUUUGAGCAUAUCUUAUCUACACUACACAUGAAUGAGUACAAUUUGCAUAUCCUUCAAAGUACUGUACCAGUGCUGGCUGGAGGUAUUGAGUCUGAGUUUAAGUAGAUAUUUAUUUAGUAUUCGAAGUAAUUUGUGAAUUUGUUUUGUAUUUAUAAAAUUUGUACCUGGGGAUAAAAACAAAAAAACAGAGUUCCUUAACUUUUUUUUAUUAUUAUUUUUCUGUGUUUUUGUUAUUUCUAACUUUUUUUUCUGAUGAUCAAUUGAUAAUGUAAUACCUUCCCCUUUCCAUGGAGCAGUUCUUCUAGCAACAACUAACUUACAGGACUGUAUAAUGAAUUUAUAUGACAACUUUCUAAGUGUACAAAUAAAAUGAUACAUUUUUCAAUGUAUUCUGAGCUUCUGGAGUUUACUGCAAUCAGCCAUCCAACUCUCUAAUCUGCAUCCUUAAACAGUCCUCAUUUCCAGUGACUUCAAGUGAGAGGUUGUUUGAGAGAAGAUGGCAGGAUUUGGCUUCGACAAGAAUGCAUUCUAACAGCAUAGCAAUCAUAAGGGGUAUUUUAAAGUCUGUAUUUCCAACAAUCUUGAAAAUGGAUGGAUAUAUCCCUUUGUCUUGUCUUUCCUGUGCUAUUCUACAGCAAACUGUUGAUGCAGAUACCUUGAGGAUGUAUGUGAACUGCAUGAUACUUUAAUGCUCAGGCUUUUUAUUCUGUCAAACAUGUAAAAUCUUGUAACUUUAGUUAGCCAGAAGCUUUCUUAGAACAUUCUUGUAAUUCUUUUGCUCAUCUUCUAAAGGUCUCAUUCUGGCAUUUUGAAUUAAAUAUUUAUUUUUAAAAUUCAAAUGAAUUGGUGCCUUUAAAACACAGGUGUAAAAGAGGCAGGGUUCUUGGGGUUGGCUGUUUUGGAGUUUUUUGUUUUUUGUUUUUUUUAUUUGCAGUAUUUCUAGGGCCGGGGGCAGACCAUGGUAGUCAGGAAUGCAGGACUAUCUCAGGGCAGAGAGCAACAGGGCUUAGGGAAAAAUACUGAAUGACCCCAGAUCUGCUGACUAUGUAAUACAUAUCACAAGAGUUUUCCUGGUGCCUGUGGUGCUAGAUAAAGCAGUAGAUCCUUCACUGAAUGUCAUUGCCCCCUUCCCCUGCAGCCCAUUCUUGUGGUAGCUCUGAUUAGUUAUGGGAGAAAGCUAUUUGUGGUGGUAGGCUCAGAGUAAAUGUUACCUUGUCUCCACAGCAGCAUGUAGGCUUUUUAAGAGGUUGUAGCGGAGGGGGGAUGUGGAAUGGAGAAAGAAAGUCAACAGAACAGGGGAAAACUUCACUUCCACCAAGACAGUUGUUGGCCUAUAUCCUCUCUCUCCACUUACACAAAUAUAAAUAUGGAAGGGCUAGGAUGAUGGCUUAUAAAAGAGGAACAAUUUUUUGUUCUAUAUCGGGACUUGAACACGGAUGGAGUAACUGUCUUUUAAAAGAAAAGUAAAAUCUUAAAGGCAUUCUACAUUAAUGGCCUUGCUAUUUGCACCUGGCAUUAAGCCCCAUACAUCUGAUGAAAGGCAUUUUGCUAACACCAAGUUCUGUGCCCUGUGUAUUGAAAUAGGACUCUGAUGAACUGAAGGGCAGAUAAGGCGAUUUAGCAAAAUGCAUGUAUUGUUCCCAGACUAAAGCUGUAAACUAUUCAACUGAGGCUUUCAGCAAUUCCAACCCUGUAACGGUGUCUACAUUCACAUACUACAAAUGGGGAAAAUGAACAAGAACAGGAUCAGAGUCCAAGUACCAGAAAUGCAAGCCCCACAACACUAUUGAGUUCAAUUGGAAUUACAUGCAUCUAGAAUCUGUGAUGGUAACCAGAUUCUGCCACCUUAACUCACUGGAGCAAUACUUAAUUUUUUUUCCCCCAAGGAGUCUCACUGAAGUCCAUUACAGUUUAAAUUUCUGCUUCAUGUGACUAGAGGUGGCCUAAGUAAGAGGAUACCACUAUAGAGCCCUAAAAUAGUUCAAGGAGCUGAGUGGCAGUUGGUUCUGCCCUCUCUUGUAUAUCCUUAACUGUGUGUGGGGACAGGGUAUACAACCCUCAAUAUCUGAUUUUUCAAGGAUAUUCUGUGAUCACCCAAGGGCAUCCCCUUAGUAUAAGGCCAGCUCAAGGAAUUGCCCCCAAAUGAGGGAAUGCCAAGAUAAAAUAAGCAUGUUUUAGAAAUCUGUUGCAACACUGAGGGGAUGUGAUAUUUCAAAACAAUUGGAAAAAAGAAAUUUGGAAUCAACCUCUACAUUUGUUUUUAAGCUUAGAAAGUCAGAGGGUCAGUAUUCAGUCAGGCAUUCAUAUGCAUUCCUACCCACCCCCUACCAAGACUGGAAAUACUCCAUCAAUGUUCCAGUACCAUUGACUUCUUCCAAAUUGAAAUCCUCCCUUAUCUUUAAAAUAUAAACCAAAGAAUCCUCCCUCAUGCCUUCCCCAUGUGUUUAUGACCAUUCUACUGUAAUUAAUACUGGAACACAUGGGGAAGGAGUGUGUGCAGCAGAAAAAUAGUGUUGUGCUCCUUGACGCACAUGGACUAUAUACUUUGUAUCUUCUGUGGAGUAAGCAGUGUGGGGCAUAUAUGACAUACUGACCAGCAGGUGUCACACACAUUUGGGAAAUUCUUGACUAAUGUGACUUGUCCCUGCUGAUGUCAGUGGGACCAAAGACAUAAAGUGGCAACCAGUUAUGUGUUUAAAGGCCAGGUAGAGAGAGGCAUUUACCAUGUGAGCUGUCAGGUCAUCUGUAGUAACUUUUUUCUGUCCACUCCUGUCCUGUUGUAAGUGAAGUUAAACUUAACCCUCUUUAUUCAAGGAUAAACUGCUUUGGUUCUAUUUCAGUUUCCAUUUACUUUGGGAUACAAGCAGACAAAAAUGGUUGCAACAGCUUUGAUGCAUUCACAAUAAACUCCUUUGGUCAAUAUCAUAGUUGUCCAUAUCCAAACUUCAAAUUACCCAUGUGCCUAAGAAUGUGCAGGACUGGGGCCACGAGCAGUACAGCAGGGUGAGGUGCAGAUGAGGGGCCUAUAUUAGAUACUAAUGUUUGAAAAUGCUGGCUUAAGUAAGACCAAGUCAAAUGGGAUCCACCAAUCACUAGGUCAGAGGAUAUUGAGAAUGACCUAUAAGAAGUGCUCUCCCCAGUUUCUAACCAUCCAAACUGUGAAUUCUAAUCUUGUUAAACGUGGCUGUAUAUUUGCAGGUCUUUUAAAACUGGAUUGUGAAGUGCUGUAUAUUUUUUAAUAAAAAAUUUAAUUCGAA